CUCGUCAUGCCGCCUUUCCUUACAUCAGGCAAGCGGCUUGACGCCCUUGCUCUGCUGACUGCUUGGCUCAUUCUCGCUAGCUUCUUCGCCAUGGCUACAGCCAGCUAUCAGGAAGGAGUCUUUCGCUUCGGCUACCAUGAACAGCCUGCGACGCAUCAGGACAUGCUCAAGACUUAUAUCGAGAGCGCACAGGAGAAGGAGCAAGAAAUGAAGCGCUUCAUCGUCGAAUUCACAAACGCGACGCAUUAUCAGAAGAUCGAGAGCGUCUCGGCCACGGUGGCCAAGCACAUCGAGAGUCAGGGAUACGUGGUCAAGCAGACGCAUACCUACGAUGAUCGUCAAGCUUUCUGGGGCGCAACCUACCACGUGUCGCCGGCUACGAGCGGGCAGAAUCACGAUCCUCAUCGUGUCAUUGCCGGGGUGCAACGUGUCCCUAAUGUGGCCCGCGUCUGGCCCGACUAUCAACGUGUCCCGCUUGCUCACGGCAAUCACGGUCUGGCACGCCGUCGCCACGCUAAGCAACCUGUCCCGCUUCACAAUACCAAGCCGGCCAAUGGAACCAAGACUCCGCCGACUGGAAAUGCCGAUGAUUUCCCUCCUCAUGUCAUCACAGGCGUUGCACAACAACAUGCGCUUGGGCGCCUUGGCAAAGGUGUUACCGUCUGCACAGUGGACACCGGAGUCGACUAUAGCACGCCCAGCCUCAAUGCUGGUCGCGCCGCUGGCGUGCCUUGCAUCGGUCCGGAGUGUCAGGUUCUGGGCGGAAGGGACUUCAUCACGGAUCCGUUCGAUGGCGAGACGCCCAAGGAAGGACCUCUCAACUACAAGGACGUUCAGCACCCCGACAGCUCGUGCUGGCACGGCACACACACGGCCGGAACCAUCAUUGCCAGAGACACCGCGCACGGCUUCGUAGGUGUUGUACCUGAGGCUAAGCUACGCCACUACAAGGUGUUCGCUUGCACGAGUAUCGAUCCAAAGACCAACAAGACGACGCCCGGUGGCGGUGGCGGGUAUUUGUCCAUCCUUCUCGCUUCCUACCUUCAGGCCAAGAAAGAUGGAUGCGACGUCAUGUCUCUGAGCUUGGGUGGCCCGGGACAGUGGGGCAAGGACGCCGCGGACAUGCUGCAAACACGUCUGUCCCCAAUGAUGCCCUUUGUCGUCUCAAACGGCAAUAGCGGCGACGGUGGCUUGUACACAGGCGCUGACUCCGCAGGCACGACCGCAGUCAUCGCCGCGGCAGCCGGCUACGCAAAUGGAUCUGCUUCGUGGGGCUUCUGGCUUGACUCCGACCCCAAGCGGAUUUACUCCGAGUUCUCCGAGCUGCCCUUUGCCCUCAACACGACCAAAGAAAGCUCCUACCCAAUCUACUUUACGCCUGAAGCUGUCAAGAGCGUCGACGUCAUCAACGACGGCUGUAACGUCAAGAACGGCUCACUACCUGAUUUGAAGGGACACGCAGUCUUUGUCUUCAGAGGCGGCGAAUGCGAUGGAGGGACCAAAUUUCGCCCCUUCUACGAGGCCGGAGCGCGCAUCAUCAUCGCCAUCGCCGACUUUCGCUUUGUCUACCAGCGAACCGUUUGCUCUGGCAGCCUUCAACAAGCUGGCAUCAUGCGUCGUGAGGAUGGUCAAGCAAUCCGUGAAGCCUUCAUCAAGAGUCAGGGGAAGGUCAAAGUGGUCUUUCCUGGCACCCCUAAGCUCGUCUUCGCCCCGGAGCGUGUUCCUGGCACCCCAACCUUCUUCAGCUCACAAGGUCCUACUUGGAGAGGUGAGGUCAAGCCCAACGUCAACGCACCUGGCUGGAACAUCCUGAGCUCUGCCCCCGUUCCUUGGGAGGCCAGCGUCAAGAGUGGCACGUCAAUGUCCGCGCCGCUCAUCGCCGGUGUCGUCGCCUUGUUCAAAAGCAUUCAUCGCAACGCCUCGACAGAGGAUGUGCGCUCUGCCAUCACCCUAUCCUCAGUACCCUAUCGCGGCAUCAACACGAGCGAUGAGCUGGCCAGCGUCUUGGCUCAAGGUGCUGGCACGGUCAAUGCGACGGCCAUGAUUGAGCUCACCACCAGAACGCAGCCCACGUAUUUUGCUCUGCGCGACUCUGUUCACUUUGAAGGGAAGCACCAACUUGAGAUUACGAAUAUCGGUAAAGAAGCUCAGACGUAUUCGUUUGAUCACAAGCGAGCCAAAUGCCUCUAUGCUCUUCACGAGGGCGCACCCAAGUCCGGUGAUAGGGACGAGGGCCUUUGGGCUCUUCGACCUGAGGAAUGUCCCGAUGACACGUCGCUGACGGUGGAGCCCAAGACGAUCAAAGUCGACCCAAGCAAGACGGGGACGGUGACGGUGACAUUGAAGCCCCCUUCGCCCAGCCCUCGCCUCAAGAUGUACUCGGGAUGGCUUCUCCUCAACUCGUCGAGCUCCACAGGCGGCGGCGUCAUCCCGUAUGCUGGCACUGGCGGAGAUCUCCAGGCCACGGGGUCAUUCGACCACACCUUUGACCUGUGGAAUACGACGCUUCCAGCUCUCUUCGAUGCAGCAGACAAGGAGCAGAUCCAGAACGAUACGACGACGUUUGUCGUUGGCAGCAACUCGAGCACUUGGCCAGCCGUGCUGUGGAGCCAAGCUCUUGCCAGUCCUCUGAGCACAUGUGACCUCGUCCGCGCCGACAUCAACUUCAAGGCUACGCAGCCGAUCGUCGAGGCUCCUAGCAAGCUUGGCAACCUCUUCAACAGCCCCGGAGUCCCCUAUUACUCGUCAACGAGACGUGCCGUCGUGGAGGCCAAGGACAUCCCAGUCGUGGCUCGUUAUUGGAACUACACCUUUGCAGACUCUCGCGACUCUGCCGACAUUACUCACCGUCGCGGUGCCUAUUCGUACUCUUUCUGCAACAUUAAACCCGAGGCCUACAAUCUUAGCGACCCUGGCUUUGCUGCCUUUAAUGUCUCGGACGGCUACUACCGUCUCUUGAUCCGCCUCAAGCAAGUCUACUCCAGCGAUGACACCAACCACGAGGACCAGUACACGUCAUACCUAAGCCAUGCGUUCCACUUUGUGAACAAUGUGACAGCCCACGUCAAGAACCACACCGUCGACGCGGCCAAGGGCAAGCCUGUGGUGCCGAGCAGCAACGACGCCCAUCCCAACAAGACCAAGACCGGGACGCCUCCUUCCGUUGACGCCCAUGUCAACAAGACGGACGAGGGCAAGCCGCCUAGCGGUGACGUUCAUGUCAACAAAACGAGCGCGACGGUGCCUCCCACCGACGCGAAGCCGGCGGCCGCCAACGCAACGCCUCCUGCCAACAAAGGCGAUGUCACGCCUGGAGCCAAAGUGGUCCUACCUGCCACGGCGAUGACCUCGGCCAAGACACCUCCUUGAUUCGCCAGCGUCGCCUCUGUCCAUUGCGAACGCUCUUUCCGCCUCCUCCUCAUCUUCUUCUCACUUGCUUAUUUAAGCGUUCUCGUGCCUGGCCUAGCCUAGCCUAGCUUAGCUGCUGCUGGUGCCGCCGCUGUAGUCGCUAUCUUACCUUGGCGUGCGUGCUGGCGUGCGUGCUGGCGCGCGUUCUGACUCGCCGACAACUCUUCUUACUCAUCCAAAUUGAUUUAAUCUGCUAGCCAUUUGCGCGUUUUCACACAGAGAGGUGAGGGCGCGGAGGGCCAAGGGGUGAAGCUUUAGGUAGGAGAAGGGGGGAGGAACAACGGGAGAAGGGAAGCGGGGACAAGAGAGCGCUCAAACCUCGCG